UUCACUCACACUACACAUGCUAUACUAUUUUCUAAAUUCACAAAAUUUAUGAAUAUUUUUGGCCUUCUUACGCAACUUUCUAAAUUAGUAUAGUUCCAAUAUGAUUAGACAUAUCAAAUAUCUCAAGUCGGUGCAGCGCCCUUUGGUAAGGAUACUACAUAUUAAAUCUCCGUUACAAAAUGCCACAUCUGUAGAGCGUGUUGUCAGCAGCGCCAAUGCAGUUACAGAAAUCAAAAGCAGUAUGCCAUAUAUAAUAGAUGGACAGAAAUAUAAUUAUAAAGAAGGAAACGUAUACCAAGGAUUCCUUUGUGAACGUGUUGAACCCAUCGCGGACUUUGGACUCAUGUCGUGCACCUUGAGACAUCUUGGCACAGGCACGGAGUUUUGGCAUCUCGAUAGCCAUGAUAUUCAAAAUGUAUUUUCAAUUCAUUUUCGCACUAAACCGUUCGAUUCAACGGGCCUGCCGCAUGUUUUGGAGCACCUCGUCUUGUGCGGAUCAAAAAAUUUACCUGUUCGGGAUCUCUUUUACAAAAUGAUAAUUCGAUCAGUUGCCAAUUUUAUGAAUGCAAUGACUGGACCAGAUUACACAAUGUAUCCAUUUUCAACUAAGAACGAGGCCGACUUCAGAAACCUGCAGAAGGUUUAUUUGGAUGCGGUAUUUAGACCGAACUUGUUCUUUAUGGAUUUUCUGCAAGAAGGUUGGCGUCUAGAGCACCAGGACUUACAUAACCCCAAGUCAGAUAUAGUUAUCAAGGGCGUAGUCUAUAACGAAAUGAUAGGAUCUUAUGCGGAUAACUCCAGGUUUUUCAAACAGAAAAUGCUUAAUUACAUUCUGCCUAACACCUAUGGGCACAUUGCGCCGGGCACUCAACUGGAAAUCCCAAAGUUAAAACUCGAAGAAAUAGUUAAUUACCAUAAGAAAUAUUAUCAUCCAAGUAAUGCACGCAUCUUUUCCUAUGGUUCUUUUGAUUUAGAGAAGACGCUUGAAUUUAUCGAUAAGGAAUAUUUAUCCCACUAUGAUCGUUUAGAUACAUCUUUCAGUCGCAUACCCUCAGAGGAUCGUUGGUCUCAACCACGUUGUGCCUCCAUUCAGGGUAGACCGGACUCUAGUAUCAGUUUGGACCACCAGAACCGAGUAGGAAUCGCCUUGCUGAUGUGUGAUAUAACCGACAUUCAAGAGAGCUUUGAACUUAAAAUACUUUCGGAAUUAUUGAUUCGCAGUCCCAACUCUCCAUUCCACAAGAGCAUGAUAGAUCCUAACUUCUCUGGAGGUUUCACCAAAUGGACCGGAUAUUUGCCAAAUUGUAAGGAUACUUAUUUCAAUGUGGGCUUGCAAGAUGUUGCGAAUAAUGAUGUGGAAAUAUUUGAAGACCUCUUUGACAAUACAGUGCAUAAGACUAUCAAUGAAGGCUUUGAUUCGAAGCUUGUUGAAGCUAUUCUUUGUACUCAAGAGCUACUCAGAAAACAGCAAAGUGAAUGUAAGCGCUUGCUAUAUAGAUCCACAGUAUUGUGGAAUCAUGAUGGUGAUGUGGUCGCCAACUUAAAAAUCUCCGAUUUGUUUGAAAAAUUGCAAACCAAAUUAAAAGACAAUCCUAAGUAUUUCGAACAGAAACUAGAAAAAUAUUUUAUUAAUAAUAAGCAUAAGCUAACGCUAAUCAUGCGUCCAAACGCGGUUCAUGAAAUUGAGAGACGUCAAGCUGAAGCGAAACUAAUUCGUAAAAAACUGAAGGAAACUAACGACGAAGAGUUUAAAAAGAUUUAUAAAAACGGCCUAAAACUCGAGGCCUUACAACAAGCACCAGAUAAUAUAAAUGUGCUGCCGUGUUUAUCAAUAAACGACGUUCAAAAACCGAUUCCGCGGCCUCAAAUAAAAGAGAUAACCCUCCGAGAUGUUCCCACGUUGAUCAGCCAUGAGCCCAUAGCCGGGAUAACCUACCUCAAGUGUAUGUUCAAUACCACUGGACUAAGUCUGAACGAUGCGAUGCUCUUGCCAUUAUUCUGUAACGUGUUUAGCGAAAUGGGAUCUUCCAAUCACGACUAUCGCCAAUUCGACAAUAUAAUUCGUUCAAAAAUGGCACGUCUAGAGUGCUCAGCUAAACUCGUAGAGAACGUAACAGAUAGUAAGACAUAUCGCCUGGGACUCUUAAUGAAUGCUUUUGCCCUCGACAACAACGUGUGGGACAUGUUUCAACUCUGUGAAGAAAUUCUGCUCAACUUUCAACUGGAGGAUAUUGAUCGGCUCAAGAUGCUUGUAACAAAUUAUAUUACCAAGUUAACACUAGACGUUGCAAAAUUGGGACAUUUACAUGUCAUGACUGCUUCCUCUGCAUUGGUAACCAAUGCAGCCCAAUUAAAGUCGUUGUUAUCAGGAGUUGACCAUAUAGACUAUAUGAAGAAGUAUGUCAAGGAGAAUAGCAUUGAUGCCAUUCGAGACAGUCUAAAGAGUAUUGGAUCUAAGGUCUUUAGCAGAAGUAAUUUGCGUGUUGCUAUUAAUACAUCAGAAAAUAAUGUAUUCAAAAUUUUGGGCGACUAUGAAAGAUUUUUAACCCACUUACCUAUACAAGAGCAUAAUAUUGAAGCCAAGGAGAUAUUCUUGCUGAAACCAUCUUUCCGCUACCACAAUUUAGAUAUGCCAUUAAGCUUCUGCGCAAAGACUUUCUUUGCAGUUCCUUAUGCGCAUGAGGAUCAUCCUGCUCUACGAGUAUUGGCAAAAUUCCUAACUUCCAAAUAUUUGUGGCCUGUGGUGCGGGAGAAAAACGGAGCUUAUGGUGCUGGCGCCAGGAUAGGAUUUGAUGGUCUCUUUAAUGUUCACAGCUACCGUGAUCCUAACGCAUCGAACACAAUGAAGGUAUUCGAUAAGACGUAUGAGUGGCUGCAAGCCCACCAAUUAAAGCUUGAUGAGCAAGCUGUCUUUGAGGCUAAACUUGCCGUUUUACAACUCGUAGAUUGGCCCAUUAGUCCAGGGGAAGUCAGCUUAGAUAGCUUCGUUUUAGGUGCCUCCUAUGACAUUUAUUUGCAAUAUCGCAGUCGUGUAUUGGCUGUAACUGUGGACCAAGUACAGAAUGUUAUUGAGAAAUACUUUAGGAACGAACCAAAACACUUUGGAAAAUGCAUUUUAGGACCAAAAUCAGAUGAGAUUGAAGUUUAAAAUUAAUAUAAGAAAAUUUGUGUAAUCUCAAAAUUUGUUUGUAAAUUUAUCUACAU